AGAAAGCAACUUUCUCCAUCGCACUUUCUAUAUCACAACUCUUGGUGAAAGGCGACAUAGUUUACUCGAAAUAUCUACAUUAGGGGUCUCGAACUAUUCUGGCUAUUGAAUAAACAAGAAUACUUGCACUUGCCACAAUUGCAAUAAAAUGUCCGCCUACCUCAGAUUGUUCAUCUUGUGCGUUUGUGUUGCUGUAUCUGUCGCCGUACUCCCAGCCAAUGUACCAAACAUAAUAAUGGCAAAGUCGUCUCCGAGUACAAAAAGUUUGAAAGUGAAGCCGAGUAGACCACCCCGGAACAAAGAGCGAUAUGACAACUCCGUCAACGACUACUUGUCCGAGCGAAUAUGCGGCUUGAAUGAAAUGUGCAAGGAAGAAUUCUCAACUAAAUUUCGCUGUCGGUGUCCUUACUGGUCUUUCUGCAGCAGUCCUGGGCGAUAUUACAACGCAUAUUGCGUCAUGUCAGAUGCAGGUUAUCUCUGGACACAACCUCAAGGCUUCUUCAAUAAUCAACCUUCCAAGUCAACCCGGUAUAAAAAGAAGCUCCACAAUGUUCACAAGGCCAAAUCUGACAAAAGUCUUCCUCGCUCCCUCACCUCCAAAUAGGAAACGGGAUAAUAAUUAAUUUAUACACAAUUAUAGUGUUCAGAAUCGUGCAGCAAUGCAAAUUUAGCACGCAGUACCUUCAGUGAAAAUUAUGAUUAGUCAUAAAGAAUGGUCUUUUUUGUCUGCUACCAGAUUCCAAGAAAUUUGAGAUUUGUCAGAAACCGUUUAUUUGGUUUACUGAAUUUACUCAUGGGAUAUAUUGACGCCCUCGUUUAAUUAGACAGCGAACAACAAGAACUUUCUCCUGGGCUCAAAAAUAGACAGAUAUGCAAAUCUCAAUAAACUUAUGCAAAUUCAUAAGGUAAUAAAACAAUAAAUAUAAAGUUAUGGGUUUCCUCAAAUAAAAAAUCAAUACUUACAAUAAAAUUGUUUAAAAACUCGAAAAAA